AUGGCCAUUCCGGUAUUUUGGACUACGGCACCGGGGCUCGCCCUGGGGCUCUGCCUAGCAAGUUUCAUAGCGACUAUAGUCUACUUUGUCAAAGGAACCUCAAGAGGCAAGAACUUUCCUCCGGGACCACCUACACUGCCAAUUCUCGGAAAUAUGCACCUUGUGCCACAAGAGAGGCCAUAUUUAAAGUUUACGGAAUGGGCAAAGCAAUAUGGUGGCAUCUAUUCAAUCAAGAUUGCCAAGCAGACCAUUGUCCUCAUCAGCGAUGUCAAGAUUCUCAAGGAGUGAGUGCAUAUUUCUCCCAAUACUUUUAUCUGGGGCCCCUUCUAAUUUGUCUCUUAGAUUGUAUGAUAAACGUGGCGCAAUCUAUUCGUCUCGGCCUUUACCUCACAUUGGCGCUGAGGUUGUCUGCCCGGACCAGACUCAUAUUAUUUUCAUGCCAUACGGCGAGACCUCCCGUAGCUACCGUGCACAGUACCAUCAGUUCAUGGGCCCCGGAAAGGUGGAACAGAUCCUGCCUUGGCAAAGCGCUGAAGCAACACUCCUGUUAAAGAAGAUUGCUACGAGUCCGGAUAGAUACUACGAGCACACUAUGCGUAUGGCCACGGCUAUCAUCUUGGAGUCAGUAUUUGGUGUCUUGCCAAAGGAUUACGACGAUCCGGAGGUCACUGAACUUUGGACGGUGCAAAGAGAGUUCUCGGAGGUUUUGGCCUUGACGGGUCCACCUGUCGACCACUUUCCCUUCUUGAAAUGGCUCCCUGACAUCGUAUCACCUUGGAGAAUCCAUGCCCGAAACAUUCGUGCCAUGCACAGAAAACUCUACUUUAGACUCCUCAACCUCAACAAAGCGAGGAUGGAGAAGGGAGAGCGAUAUGGAACAUUUGUGGAAAAACUGAUCGAUGAUAGACCCAAACACGGUCUCAGCGACGAACGAAUGGCCUAUGUUUGUGCGACUUUGGUGGGUGAUCCUAGUUAGUAUAAACUUUUGAAUUUGAAUUAACGCCUCUGUAGAUGGAAGCAGGAAGCGACACUACUGCGUCUCAAGCCCUUGACUUCAUGAUGGCGUUACUAGCAUUCCCGAAUGUCCUUAAGAAGGCUCAGGAGGAGGUCGACCGAAUAUGUGGAACAUCGAGAUUGCCUACUCUUGACGACCGUGACCAAAUGCCGUACAUUGAAGCUUGUAUCAACGAGGUAUGUAAAGCUAUCCGUCGCUUGUGAUAUCAGUCUAAUCAUCUUCCAGGUUCUUCGAUGGAGACCUCCACUACCAUAUGGUGCCCCCCACCUGCUCAUGAAAGGUAACUUGUCUCGGCCAAGCAUUUGUCAUAGGCAAGAAGAAAAAGCAUCUAAUAUCCGGGAACAGAUGAUUGGUACGAAGGCUACUUCAUGCCCAAAGGAACGGUCCUAUUCCAGGUCCAAUGGUAGGUUAUUCUGCCCGCCCGCCUGUUGAUAUGUUAACGCAAGAUAGGGCAAUGAAUAUGGAUGAAAGCGUCUACGAAAGGCCUCAAGACUUCGUGCCAGAACGCUACAUCCGGAACCGUUUUGGGACAAAGUUCGACGCCGAGAAGGACGCCGAAACUGGUCGCAAGGAGCAGUACGGUUUCGGUCUCGGCCGAAAGAUUUGCCCGGGUCAAUGGUUUGCCAGGAACACACUCGUGAGUUACCCACCCCUACCUCGGGGUAUUGGUUUUGGUGCUGAUGCAACACAGUUCGUCCUCUUUGCCAAACUCGUCUGGGCAUUCGACAUGAAGAUCCCUACGGACCCCAAGACAGGAAAGCCGGUCCCUCUAGACACGGACGUGCGCACAGCGUUCAUGGACGGGCUAACCACCACACCCUUCAAAUUCCCCAUCGAUUUCAAGAUCCGGUCGAAGGCCCACGAGGAGGCCAUGAAUGCCGACCUCGUUGAGUCGGACAAAGUCUUUGCCAAAUAUGGUGGGGCUACAGUUUAA